GGGAGACCAAGUCGCCGGACUCUUUAUCAGCUCUGCUACUUGCGCACUGACUCUCCAGCGUUUAGGACUGAAGAGAACAAUUUGAGAAGAAGAAAGAGAAAUUUAAACUAGAAUGAUUUUAUUAUUAUUAUUAUUGUAUCUGACAGUUGCAGGGGGACUGCUUGACAUUUAAAAAUAAAUACAUCAUUUUUUAAGGCAUCUGCCAGAUAUUGUUAUUAUAGUUGUAUUCUUUAGUGGGAAUGAUAAUUGUGGCAAGUCGGACAGAUGAUCAAGCCUGGGGUUAAGUAAACAAACAUAUUUUUGUGUUUUUGUUUUGUUUUUGGGUUUUUUUUGCAAAGAAAAAUUUGAUUAGAAAGAAAGAAAAGAAACACUUGGAAGAUUCUUUAAGCACAAACCAAAAAAAAAAAAAAAAAAAAAAUCCUUAAAUAAAAACACCUCCAUUUUGUAGAGAGUGCGGACGAAGGUGUUUAUUAAAGCAGUAAAAAAAAAAAAAAAAAAGAAAAAAACAUGGAGAAAAAAACUUGCUUUUAAAAAACAGAUACGAAAAAUAAUAAUAACAAUGAUAAUCAAAAGAAUAAAAAGAUGAUUGCCCUGGGAGUUUUAAGAACAUACAAGAAGAUGCAACUAACCCCAGCGGGACUUAUAUACGUUAUCUUAUAUUUUCAUUAAGAUAAAAAGAAGAUGAUCAGUGGCGAGAACCAGACACCAAACGCCACCCCAACGGCGAUCACCAACGCGUCCAGCCCUGGCGGGACUGCCCACAACUCUGAGCUGCUGCGCCAGUCCCUCCUGACCACCAUGAUGACCCUUAUAGUCCUGAUGAUCAUUAUCGGUAACCUGCUGGUCAUCCUUGCCAUUGCCAAGACCCCUCGCCUGCAGACCAUCACCAACAUUUUCAUCACGUCUCUCGCCUGUGCCGACCUCAUCAUGGGGAUAAUGGUGGUGCCUCUGGGGGCCUCCUUGGUAGUCUCCCAGCACUGGCUGCUGGGGACCACGGCCUGUGAGCUGUGGACGUCGGUGGACGUUCUGUGCGUGACGGCCAGCAUCGAGACUCUGUGCGUGAUUGCAGUGGACCGCUACAUCGCCAUCACGGCGCCCCUGAGGUACAAGGUCCUGCUGAGCAAAGCACGUGCCCGGGUGAUCGUGUGUGUGAUCUGGGCCGUGUCAGCGCUCAUCUCCUUCCUGCCCAUCAUGAAUCACUACUGGCGCGACGAGGCGGACAAGGAGGCCCGCAUAUGCUACCAGGACCCCACAUGCUGCGACUUUGUCACCAACAUGCCCUACGCCAUCACCUCCUCCGUCGUCUCCUUCUACAUCCCCCUAGUGGUCAUGAUCUUCGUCUACACCCGCGUCUUUGUCAUCGCGUCCAAGCAGGUGCACCUGAUCGAGAAGAACCGGGUGCGUUUCCACGACAACCUGGGGGAUGGCUGGGGGCCCACCCUGGCCCCCGGGAAGAAUGCCAAGCGUCGGCCCUCCAGGCUGGCAGCCGUCAAAGAGCACAAGGCCCUCAAGACGCUGGGCAUCAUCAUGGGCAUCUUCACCCUGUGCUGGCUGCCCUUCUUCAUGGCCAACAUCAUCAAGGUCUUCGUCAAGGGCAUCCCCGAAAAGCACGUCUUCCUGACGUUGAACUGGCUGGGCUACAUCAACUCCGGCUUGAAC